AACGAAAGGGCCACUCCUCGCAGUGAAAAUUCAACCUUGUUUUCAUCAUGUACCGACGUAAGUUAACGCCUGCCGAACAGGAGGCGCGUCGCGUCAAGAAUCGCGUGGGUAUGCGCAAAAUCCGCCAGCGGCAGCGCCAAGAAUUACUAGAGAUGAAAAGCACUGUGGUCGAGCUUGAGAAAGAGUAUGCGGAGCUGUGCCGUCGAGCUGAAGCCGCUGGAAGAGACACCGUGCUGGCUACACUACAAAUGGAAGACGGCGGCGAACAAACCCACCCAGAUUUGGCGGCAGUUGCAAAACAACUUGGGGCGGAGAAACUUCUUUUACGAUCGAUGCCGAAGCAAAAAGCAGCAUGGACGCUCCAGAUACAACGCGUGCUAGACUUUGAGGCGAGUAGUUUGGCCGCAGCACAGAAGUUCCAGAGCAAUGUGGAUGUCCCACUAGACACUGUGGACGAAGUUCAGGCCGAGGAAGAGUUGGGAUUUCACCCACUGACGGAGUGGGAUCUAACGCGUACGAUUCUAGACAACAAAAGAGAUAUCCGCCACGUCGAAAGUCGACUGAACCCACCGUCCGGACUUGUGGACAAACCCACGCACCGAAUGCAAGCCUUUGGCUGGGAUAUCAUACAGCGCGUCGAGGGAAGCGUGAUGGAGUUUGUCUUCCUGAAGAAAGUUCAGCAACCUUAA